UCUUUAUUUUGAUGAAAUGGCUGACCAUGCACAUGCACGAGGAAUCAAUCGAAUUGUCCCAGCAAGAGGUGUUGCAGAGGGGGUGAACACAAUGGUACAACGUUCCAUAGGCGGCGAAGAUUUACCAAUACUAGAUCCGUUCUUGACCUUGGACGAGUUUCGAAUGUCUGACCCAUCUACAACCAAAGGCAAGGGCAAUAGAAAUACUAGUUCAAAAUUAGGAACCGAGACAGGCUUUCCAGACCAUCCACAUCGCGGUUUCGAAACAGUUACUUUGAUGCUGAAGGGCCACUUCCAGCAUGAGGACUUUGCAGGUCAUAAAGGAAGAAUUGGACCUGGCGAUGUACAAUGGAUGACAGCAGGUCGUGGUAUCGUCCAUGCGGAAAUGCCGUUGUUCUUGGACCAGGACGACAUUGACAUCGGCAUCGGCAUGCAAGUACAAGAGCAAGAGCUUACCAAAAAGACUAGAGCUAAGAAAGACUCUCGAGAUAUUUGGGGACUACAGCUUUGGGUAAAUCUGCCAAAGGAACACAAACUAUGUAAACCCCAGUAUCAGGAACUCAAAGACGCAUGGAUACCACGUUGGUCUGGCCCAAGUGAUACCAGGGAUGGACGAGAUGAUGGUGUUGCCCAUCAAAGUGUAGAGGUCCUCAAAGGAGAUACCAAUGAUUCUUCAUUUGACAGCAACCUGCCCACUAGAAGUUCCAAAACAGGUGUUAAUUCUGUAAGCACUGAUAUUGAGGUCAAGGUUAUUGCAGGAGAGUCACAUGGCGUGAAGAGUAAGGUGUAUACAAGAACACCCACACAGUACUUUGAAAUCAAAAUGAAGAGCAACCAAGAACUCAUUGAGUGGAUACCAGAGACACAUGAAGGUUUUAUUUAUAUUUUGCAGGGGCGAGGUUACUUUGGGAUGGAUAUGGUUGAGGGACAGGCACAACAACUGCUCAUACUAUCCUCUGUAGAUAGAUCAAAUGAGACAAGCCAUAGGCCUAAGAAGGAAGAGAAUUUGGUACACACACAGGACAAUCUUCCUCUAUCCUCUACCCUUGUCUCUAAGUUUGGCCACGAUAUAUCAAAGGAGACGAUAUCCGUGCCCGACUCACAGCAACAGAGCGAACAAUUCAAUACCACAGCAACCGCAUCCAUAGUAAAUCCCCAGCGGUCUUUCAUCCAAAUAACCACUAGGGAUCAAUCUCUACACAUGGUAUUGAUUACAGGAGAACCUUGUCGUGAGCCUGUAUUUCGACAGGGACCUUUUGUGAUGACCUCACAAGAAGAGCUUGAUAGAACGUUUAGAGAUUAUGAAGAAAAGAAACGAGGAUUCGAAAGAGCCAAGGGGUGGGUCUCCAGUAUCAGCCAGGGUACAUUGGUGUCGGACUUUCCUAAUGGAUCUACUGCUGAGAAUAAAGAGGGGCACCUAAAGAGCAAGAACAAGCAAGCAAGCAACAAAAAAAAGUUGCGACAAACAUAGAAAACAUUAACAAUCUAGAAACGGCUACAACUAGUAUGAAUAAUAAC